UUUACCCAAAGCUGAUUUUUUUUUACCCCGUCUUGGUUUUAUAUUACCCCAUGUUUAAACAUGUUCGUGAUGUGUAGUGUGUGAUUGACAGUCGGUCUGUCUUGUUGAAACCUGUUACUCAUAUGACUCGGUCCACUGUUCACAGGAGUGUGCAUGAUCAUUAGCCAGUAAGAAGCAGCAGGGUUAAGUGCCACAAUGCCGAGGACAUAUAAAAAGGUUGAAAGGCCAUAUACGAAAGCCACAAUUCAACUUGCUGUGCAGGAAGUUAAAGAUGGUUCCUCCAUUAGAGCAGCCAGUGCCAAGCAUCACAUGUCAUAUUCUCUUUUGAGAAAGCAUGUCAAGAGAAGUGAAAGUGAAGAAUCUUUCAAGGAUGAUAUGAGGGGAAAGAAGACGGUACUUGCAACUGAAGUGGAAGAGAAGAUUGCAGAUACAAUCAAGAGAAUGGAGAAAAUGGGACUAGGGCCAACACUGUUAGAGUUUCGUGAGAUUGUCAAAGAUUUCUUGCUUGCCAAUGGACUAGAGACAGUGUUUAAAGAUGGCAUGCCUGGGUAUGAAUGGGCAACUGCCUUCAUGCACAGGCACAACAUGACUCUGAAGACCGGUGGUAUGAUGCAACUGGCAAGGAAGAGUGUAGCUAGUGAUCCAUUCGUCAUUCAUGGCUUCUAUGAGCUUCUGAGACAAGAAAUGGCACGACUUGAGAUCAUGGAACGCCCAGAGUGUAUCUGGAAUCUCGACGAAACUGGUUUCCCACUAGACCCAUCAAAAGCAAAAACUAUAGGCACAAAAGGAGCUAAGACAGUGAGAAUAACUAGUGGCUCAAACCGUGAAAACAUCAGUGUUUUGGCAACAUGCUGUGCAGAUGGCACAUCACUGGAUCCUUUAAUCAUAUUUAAAGGUAAGAACAUGCAGUCUUCAUGGGUUGGAACUGAUGCACUACCUGAAACUCAGUAUGCUGUAUCCGAGUCAGGGUGGAUGACCCGUGUAAUUUUUGAGGAUUUUUUCAAAAGUUUUGUAGAAAAAACUAAAGAUAUUCGUCCUAUCCUCCUGAUAUUGGAUGGCCAUCUUAGUCAUACAUCACUAGCAACAGUAGAACUAGCAAAACAAGAAAAUAUCUCCAUAAUUAAGCUACCUGCUCAUUGCACAGAUCUGUUACAACCUUUAGAUGUUGCUUGUUUUGCCCCUCUAAAAUCUUACUAUGAUUCAGCAUUGAUGAGGUAUGUGCAUCAAACAGGAGCACGAGCACCAUUGCAAAAGAGAGGUUUCGUGAAUAUGUUGUGUCAGGUCUGGAAGGAAGGACUUUCCCCGGAGAAUAUAAAGGCCGGGUUUUAUGCAACAGGAAUACAUCCACUAAACCCAGAAAAGUACAAGAGUGAUCGCCUUUGUCCUUUGAAAAUGAAAACAUACAAGGCUUGGAUUGAGAGAGGAAGCCCCAGGGAUGAUGAAAAUAAUCCUGUACUGCAUGAUGCUACAACUGAUAACACAGACAACAGAGAUUCACAAUCAUCACCGCAAAAUCCACAGAACCCUUCACAACCUUCUGAUGCCAAUACCACAAAUGUUCCCACUUCUCCAAUACCUGAACCAGGAAUAGAAAAGAUCUCUCAGAUACAACCCUUACACUUGUUCAGGAACAAGUAUUACCUGGUUGUAGUCACUGGCAUGAAACUCCCUAACAACAAAGCUGAACUUCAAGAUGAGAUCAAGAAAGAUAUAGAAAAGCGAAGUGCUUUAUAUGCCAAACAGUUAAGCUGGAGGACUCUUGUCAAUGAAAUUCAAGCCAGGGCUCCUACAGGAAUGAAGUUCAACAUCCUUUUGGUAGAGAAGGAAAAGGAAACAACUUUGGAAGAAAUUCUGCACCCUUAUGUCUUAAAGGUCAGGGAAACAGCGACGUUGUUUGGCCCUCACACGGGGACACUUAGAGCGCUGCAGCAGCGCUACUCACGCGUGACUCAGUUUUAG